ACAAACGGCUUGCAUGCAUGACCCUUUUAAGACGUGUUGCCCCUUUAAGAUGUGUUGCCCUUUUAAGUCUUAUCGCCAUUUUACCAUUGCGCAGCAAAGUUGAAGAGAAGAGACAUUAGCCGAUCCAAUACAAGCAUAAUAUGUGUGCGUGCAUCCUAAAAACCACACCUGUUAUAUGCUAAAUGGGAAAGUAAAGUCCUCAAAGAAAGAACUGUUGUUGACUGAGUUCCUGGGCUCUGACCGGCCUACCAGUGCAAGUGAUCCCUUCCACAGUCUUUUGAUAACUCGCAUUCCAAAUCCUACAAAAUGGUCCUUCGAGCCGGAUGAUCACUUCUCUGGAUUAAGAUGUCAGCCAGUUCUGAAACAGUGAACCCCUCGGUUCGCACAAAGCGCCGUCCAGCCUAUUUACAAGAUUAUGAGGUGGACUUCCAGAGCUUCCAUAAAACAGUGUUACCAGUUAGUACGAGGGAACAACCAGUGGAGUCAUCUGAUGACGAUUACUCUUCGCCACUGGUUGGAGCAUCUGCUGCAAAGCUUAAGAGAGCACAUGGUUUACCCACCUUUUCUUCCCCGUCGAGGCUGACGGUCAGGGAUAAGCAUUGUGACCAUCCACGUCUUCUGCAGCAGCACAUUUCCAGUCCUGCCUACCAGUCAUCACCACAAUAUCCAAACCGACAGCUACAGUCUGAAUACGGUGCAGAGUUCGUUCCCCUUGGUGAUGAAGGUGAUAGAUACCAGAGUGACAGAUCAGAUGCUAGUUCCCUAAAAUUACAAAGGAUCUCAGAGGAGAAUUUAAAACUUCGUGAAACACAGCAGGCCAUCCAAGCUGAUCUUAAACGAAUUGAGACCGCCAAAGAUGAGCUGAUCCAGCUUUUAGACAGAGCCUGUAGUCUGCAAAAGCCUUUAUCUAUGUCAAACACCCGUUCUGAUUAUCCAUCAGUUAAAUUCCACGAUGAAGCAUAUGCAGAUGAUGAAGACUGGCCAGAGCCUCCUCCACCCAUUUCAUACGAUGAGCCAGAAAAUAUCAAUCAGUGCGGCAGGCAAAGGAUUAAGAGCAUUACAAGAGCCACACCAACAAUCACUCCUAGACUCACUUCUGUUGAAAAGACUAGGGAUUUCGGCUAUCCAAGUUCAUAUGAUAACCAGUUUAGGUAUGGCCAGUAUCCUGCCCGACAGAUAGGUCCUCCAAAUGCACAUGAACAACCAGGAAGUCUUUAUCCUGAACAACACAGGACAGUUUCCUAUAAUGUGUCACCUCCCAUGGCAUCUGUGGAUCUGACAGAGAAAUAUUACAAAGGUCCCUCGCCCACCAUUCCUUACUUCUGCACCAAAGACCCAAGUGAGUUUGCUCGAUUAAAAAUAGCCUUGGAAAAUCUUCUGCCACCUGAUAGUACUGAGAUGUUCAAAUAUCAAGUACUGGUUGACCACUUGAAAUUAGAAGAUGCUUGUCUAAUAGCAGACUCCUUCUUGCACUCCCCUACACCUUAUCGAGACACCAUGUUGGCCCUGAAUGAGCGGUUCGGUCAGCCUCACCAAGUAGCAUUAAGACGGAUUGCCACUAUUCUUGAUUCACCUGAUAUAAGCCGCAAUGACCCUUCAGCCUUUGAGAAGUUCUCUCUUCAAGUGCAGUCUCUAGUUGGGCUGCUUAAGACUUUAGGCCAGGCAGGGAGCGUAGAGUUGUAUUGUGGGUCGCAUGUUGCACGCCUUCUCAUUAAGUUGCCACCUGAAAGACGGGCUGAUUUCCGCCGCCACAUGUUACAUCGGCCUGGGGUGACAUACUCCUUGGUAGAUCUGGCAGAAUGGCUGAAAUAUGAGUCUUGGUGCCAAAGCUAUGAUGAUCAAACUGCCAAGGGAGAAAGCAGAGCCAAACGAGAGUUCCGAGUAGCUCCACGAGCACGCCAAACCACUGCCACAAUACUGACUGGGUCUGGAAAUAGUGUUGAUGUGAGAGCCACUGCAAAUUCUCCUGCCAAGGUUGAUGAGAAAGCUAAAGGUAGGCCCAUGGUAUAUUGCUCUUACUGUCAGAACUCUGAACAUGCUUUCAGUCAGUGCCCUCAAAUUCCGACCCUCACCAAAGAUCAACUCUCAGAGUGGAUACGAUCCAAUAGGAGAUGCUGGCGUUGUGGUCUUGCCCAUCAGGCUGCCCAUUGUGGUCUAAAGAAACCAUGUCCACUUUGUCAAAGGAAGCAUCUACGAAUCCUCCAUGAAGUAAAUGAGAGGCCUGUCACAGUGUCAUCCAAAACCGAGGCUUGCCUAGUUAGUUCAGCGACACAGACACUUUACCUGAACAAACCAGUCAGCAGUAAUAAAGUUUUGCUCAAGAUUGUCAGAGUACUCCUACAUCAUGGCAGUUGCACAUUAGACACAUUUGCAAUCCUUGAUGACGGUUCUGAGCGUACCAUGCUUCUGCCAGACGAAAACGAAAACUUGGCUUGAGAGGUACUGAAG